GUGACCUAGUUGACAGGCUCUGAGGUGCUGCUGUGGUGGCGGCCGCGGGGCUGAGGCGGGUGGGAGCCGACGCCGAGCGCGGGCUGAGGGGAGAGGGCGGCGACUGGCGAGCGGCGCGGGACGCGGAGCCUCUUGCACUUUUUCCUCCCGAGUGCCCCCUCCCACCCCUCCCACUCCACACACACCCUGUUUGCCCGUGAGCCUGGGGAACUUGCAGCUUAAAGCCAGCCACCCCCACGGCAACAUGUACCCCAGCAACAAGAAGAAAAAGGUGUGGAGAGAGGAGAAAGAACGUUUACUGAAGAUGACCUUAGAGGAGAGACGCAAAGAAUACAUAAGGGACUAUGUUCCCCUGAACACCAUCCUAUCGUGGAAGGAGGAGAUGAAGGGCAAGAACCAAAAUGAUGAAGAAAAUACUCAGGAAACUUCACAGGUGAAGAAAAGUUUGAGUGGAAAAGUUUCUCUCUAUAGAGGUGACAUCACAUUGCUAGAGGUAGAUGCUAUAGUCAAUGCGGCAAAUGCCAGUCUUCUUGGAGGAGGAGGUGUGGAUGGCUGUAUUCACAGAGCAGCUGGCCCCUGUUUACUGGCUGAAUGUCGUAACCUGAACGGCUGUGAAACUGGACAUGCAAAAAUCACAUGUGGCUAUGACCUGCCUGCAAAAUAUGUCAUCCAUACUGUAGGACCAAUAGCCAGAGGCCAUAUUAAUGGUUCCCACAAGGAAGACCUCGCAAAUUGCUAUAAAUCAUCUCUGAAGCUGAUGAAAGAAAAUAACAUCCGAUCAGUUGCAUUUCCCUGCAUCUCAACCGGCAUUUAUGGUUUCCCAAAUGAGCCUGCUUCUGUCAUUGCCCUCAGCACCAUUAAGGAAUGGCUGGCCACGAAUCAUCACGAGGUGGAUCGGAUCAUCUUCUGUGUCUUCUUAGAAGUUGACUUCAAAAUCUACAAAAAAAAAAUGAGCGAGUUUUUCCCUGCAGAUGAUAAUAAUGAAGAAGAAGGUGUUGACAUGAAAGAAGACUCAGAGGGGUUAGAGCCAAAAGGCCUAUCUCCACCCCAUAAGAAGAGCAAAGCAAAGAAGCCAGAAUGUUCCAAAGACUCCAGUGAAGAUGAGAAUGGUCCAGAGGAAAAACAAAGUACAGAAGAAACAGAAGGGCAGAGUCAAGAAACAGAUGGAGUCAAUGCUGCAACUGGGCCCAGCCCUGCUUCGGAAGAGGCUGUUGAAGUCUGUAAAGAUGAAGAUUCUGCAAAGGACAAGAAUAUCACAAAAGACAAUGAAGUAACAGAUCAUUCUGAGUGUGGCCAAGAUCAUCCUAAUGGACAAGAGCAUGAUUCAACAAAGAAUGAAAUAAAACUUGAGGCAGACUCCCAGAGCUCAUAUAUGGAAACAGAAGAGCUUUUGCCAAACCAAGAAGAUGCCACGACUGUGGAGCAACCAGAAGUGAUCCCGCUAACAGAUGACCAAGAAGACAAAGAAGGUGAAAAAGCUCAAGGCGAGGACACACCUAGAGUUCCUGUGCAAAGCGAAGGCUCUGGCUAUGCAGAAAACUCUCCAAGUCUUGAUGUUGAAAUGAAUAGUCAGGUUGACAGUGUAAAUGACCCAACAGAGAGUCAGCCAGAAGAUUAACUAAUAGGGGCACAAGAUGAAGCAAAGGAAUAAAGAAAUGGAAGUCACAGUGGCACGGUGUAACACUCACAUGUGUAUCCUGGCCCCUGUCUGCUUUCUCGAUUAUUUCACAAAGCUGGUCGAUACAGUGGUUUCUCCAAAAAAAGAGAUGGAAGAUGAUUGUUUUGAUAAACUACAGGCUAAAUUUCAGGAAUCAUCAAGCCCAAUAUCAGUAUAAUCCACAGACAAAGGAGGCGGGAUAGAAAAUGGGCAAAAUGCUCAGAAAUCACUUGAAAUAAAGGUCAGGACGAUGAAUUGAAAAUGAUAUUUUAUUCAGGGAUUCCCAAGGUACAAUUCUGUUCCAUGUGGUUAAUGAGGAAUGCAGAAGGAGAAUUUCAUGCAAAGAAGAGUGUAGAAGCGUAGAGGCACUACAAGGAAGGCAGGCCCUGGCAGCCAUUGGGGGCUUUUCCUUCACAGCCAGGACUACAGAUGCAUUCUUUGACCCCGACCUCCAGCAGAGCUCACCUGGUUCCUGAGAUCCUUAUCCUGUGCUUUGGCAUCUAGUCCACUAGAGAGAUGUGACUCUGUACAACACAGUUGUAAAGGAUGACACUUCUCGAGGUGUUUUAGUUAAAAGAGGGGGCUGCUGCAUUUAGAAUCCAAACAUAUGCCUAUGAAUAUUAAAAGUUCUACUUGAAAGCUCUCGUUAUAUAUAUGCUUUUCAUAAAAGAAUCUCUUGUCUUUACCCAAGGUUUGAUGGCCUACAGAAAGAUUUUCAUUUGAAGUUAUAGGCAACUGGAGGUCUUGCUUGCAGUUCUGGUUUGCUUUUAAAUAUCUGGUUUGCUCAUGCCAAAUACCAAACUGCUUUGGUGGCUCAUCCUCUCUUCCACCCAGAGGUCCCUUGAUUAUGGCUCUGAAGGGGAGCAGCAGCAUUAAGUCAAGACUCCUGUGGUAUGGUGGGCCCAAGGGAUAAGGAGCCAAGGAGAAAGUCAGAACUUGUCACAAAUGUCUGUCCCAGAGACAACAUCAACAGCGACCCUCACAAGGCAAAAUGCCUGCUUUCCACAGCUUCCCUGGGUUCUCAGAACAGUCUUUUUUUUCUAGGGGAAACUGAUAUCGUUUCUUGCAUAGCUUCCUAAAUCCACCUUCCUUAUGAGGUCUCUAGAACUGUAAAUUAUUUAUAUAUUUAUAUAUAUUUUUAGUGGAGAGAGAAAAGUAAUGGAUCAAAUUGAGUAUUUCUAAAAAAAAAGGGGGGGAGUUCUGAUUUCUAAAUAUUCCAUGGAGUUCUUCAGUUUUGCUCUUUCCUCUAUGGAAAAUUCACUUCCUUAUCUGUGAAUUUUGCUCUGGCCUUUCUGAAUUUGUUGCCCCUCUGGAUGACUUAUUUGGUAUAUUGGAAUCAUUAGCAAGCUAUAUUUCUGCAUAUGUAAUAUGUUCUCACAUCCUAUAUUUAAAAAAAAAAAAAAACUGCUUACCAACCUAACAGCAAUGAUUUUUAAGGGACCUCAUGAUUUUGGAACAUGGCCCUUUUUCCUUCUGCCAUUAUUCUAGAGUUUGGUACAGAAAUUUAUAUGUCCCCUACUGCCAUUAGACAUUGCUUUCUAGAAAAACAAGAAGACCCAUUUUAAGUGAUCCAAGAAAUGAUGCCAUACAAAUACUGAUAGUUUCUAUAUGUCAUAUCAUCUUUAUGACUUAAUUGAAAGUUGCCAUCAUUCUGGGAAGGACCUGACAAGAGCAAUCUGCUGGGAGCACGUUUUCCUGUGACUCUCAUGUGUUACUGUUCAUGCUCAGUAAUGAGUUACAGUUGAAAACAACAUGAAGGAGACAAGAGGGAUGGGGACUUCUUAACGGGCAAAGAUGAUAGAGACUUAAUGUCCCUGUUAGGACCAGUGGAGAUUGGAAUUAUUGUGGGUGGGGUGUUCUCUUACUCAUCCAUGACAACCAUUUUCAUUCAUUCAUUUUAAAUGUGGGUGGGGUAGGAGUGCUAGGAGGGAUUUCUCUGCCUGAAAACUGCCAGAAAAGGGAAGGAAUCUGAGAACAAAACUAAGAGAGGGAGGAGUAAAUAUCAUCGCUCCACUGCUGGAUUUGUCUAAACUUUAUUUUAUGAUUAGAUUGUUUUCAUUUUUGCCUUGUUAUGUUUUUGGUUGCUAUUUGAUUUUCAGAUUUCAUCCUUAAAGCAAGCAAUGAGGUUACUUUCCAUUUCAAUAGUAAAAUCUAGCUGUUGGCCAGAUCUGAAGGAAGACACCUCAACACAAGAAACCCUCUUUUUCGCUGGUGCUGUCACUGAAUAGGCUGUCAAUGGAAAAUUUGAAAGGCAGAUUAAUUCUCCUGCAAAGGAAUCCUGGAUUUCAAUUUCCAGCCACACUUCUGACAGGCUAUGUGGCAUAAGGCAUUUACAGGAGGGAGAAGGGGGGGGAAGACUAGUCCCAGAUUAGUCAGGUUUGCAUAUGGAGGAUCAAAGUAGACUCUCAACAUAAUACAGGUAUCCUUGCUUUUUGAAAUUGCAUUUUGCCACUUUGCUUUUAUGAAAGACCUACAUUCGUACCUCCUACCAUUAACCUAAAGAAACCCAAAGAGGGUUUUCGCUUUUAGGCAAACUGCAAGCAGGGGGAGUGGCACCGCCAAGCUCUUCCCCUGGGAACUACAAGACUCAGCAUCUCAGCCUCAAGCAGCUAUUAGCUUUGACCUGUGUCUGUGAGCAUCUGUACUUCAUCUCAUUUUAUUUUGUGUAUCCACUAGCAAGAUGUGCACUAUGGUAUUAGAAAAGGGUCUGGGAAGGCUCAAAAGUAUUUCCAUAUAAACUAAUGGUAACUGUUUCUUUGCUUUACACCAUUUCAGCUUAAGGAUAGGUUUCAUAGGAACACUACUUUCCCAUAGCAAGGGAAACCUGUAGUCCUAAUUAGAAAGGUAGUCGUAAGAGAGACAAAGGGGCUUUUCCUCCAGCUAGUAACUAUUCAGAUGAUGGACAAGACUUCUUUCAUAAAAGCUUACAAAGGAGGCAUCCAAAAUACUGUCUGUGAUAGUGGGUCACAUAUUAGUCACUGCAGCUAAUUGUAAAUCUUUCUAUGAAAUACUGAAAAGCCUCUUUGUGAAUUAAUACAGUUCUGCUUGAUGCACUUGAUUUGAAAUGACUUUUCUCUGUAUGUGGUGCAUGUCAGCUUUGCUUUGAAAAAUAACAAAGUUAGCAGAAUAUGUUCAAUAUAUUUUCUUGGGGAAUAGGGUUUUUAUCAUAUGAUUCAUUAAGGAUUUGCCUUACCCUGACAUUUGUGAUAUAAAGGAAAAUCAGAAAAAAAAAGUAAUUUUCUUGAUCAAAAUAUGUUUUUACUUAAUGCAAAUAAAUGUAGUCUGUUGCUUGCAAGGAAAAAAAAUGUCUUCUGAUAUCUGGUAUAAACUGCUAAAUAGAAUAAUACGUGCCUCUUUUGUUAAACCAGCAUUUAAAUGCUGGACUGCUUCUAAAUCUGUUUGUUUCUUUUCAUCUGUGCCAUACACUAAGAAACUUAAACAACUGUUGCCUUCCUACUAUAUUUGUUAGAGCAGAAUAUGAAUAAAAUUGGUUUGAGAGGAUAAGGUGGAA